UGGUGAAUGAGUCGCGGAGCGUGAAUAUGAUUGAGUAGCCGUCGCGUAGGCGGGCAGAAUAGCACGUUCGGUUGUGGAACCGAGGCCGGUACUAAGCAUUUCGGCACGUUGUGAAGCCGUUAGCGUUCAGGCAGCCGCUGCUGUGACUCUUAGACACUUCCUGUUUGUAAAGCGCAGUUUUGCCCAAAAUAAUUCACCAGGCGAGAUUUCAAGUUGACCAAAGAAAUGGUGAUGGAGAAGCCAAGUGCCCAGCUGGUCGGGCGAGAGUUUGUCCGACAGUAUUACACACUCCUGAACCAGGCCCCCGACUACCUGCACAGGUUUUAUGGAAAGAACUCAUCCUACGUUCACGGUGGCCUGGACAGCAACGGCAAACCGGCGGAGGCCGUUUACGGACAAUCUGAGAUCCAUAAGAGGGUGAUGGCUCUGAGCUUCCGAGAUUGUCACACCAAGAUCAGACACGUGGACGCUCACGCCACCCUGAAUGAGGGCGUGGUGGUGCAGGUGAUGGGCGAGCUGUCCAACAACAUGCAGCCCAUGAGGAAAUUCAUGCAGACCUUCGUGCUGGCGCCCGAGGGAACCGUUGCAAACAAAUUCUACGUCCACAACGACGUGUUCCGUUACCAGGACGAAGUGUUCGGCGACUCCGACUCUGAGCCGCCUGAGGAGUCCGAGGACGAGGUGGAGGAGCUGGAGGAGAGGGUUCCCUCCCCUGACGUGGCUCCCGAGGAGUCGGCUCCUUUCUACGACCCAGCAGCUUGUUCAGAGCCAGCCGUUCCUGGUGACGAGGAGGAAGCGGUGGCGGCAAGCCCAGAGCCAGAGCAGGAAGCAGAGAAGGAGGCCGAGGCAGUGGCGGUGGAGCUGAAGCUCGAGACGAAGCCGGACACGCAGACAGACGUGCACACAGGUGACGAGCAGACAGAGAAAAGCCCUGCCACCGCCACACCAUCCGCUACAGAAGCUGUCGCUGCACCUGCCGAGCCCGCCCCCGCCGCCCCGGAGGAAAACAGGCCGUUCUCCUGGGCGUUGGUCACCAGUAAGAACCUCCCUCCCAGCGGGGCUGUCCCUGUCUCAGGAAUCCCUCCCCAUGUCGUCAAAGUCACCCCCACAGCACCGCCCAGAGCUGAAGUGAAGUCAGAGUCCCAGACACCAGCACAGAGACCACAGAGAGACCAGAGGUCAAGGGAACAGAGGCCGGGAGGUCCUCCGCCCACUCACAGAGGCCCCAGACCAGCUCGAGAAGGAGAGCAGGGUGAGUCGGAGGGGCGCCGGGUGGUCCGGUAUCCCGACGCACACCAACUCUUUGUGGGGAAUGUGCCUCACGACGUGGACAAGAACGAACUGAAGGAGUUCUUUGAGCAGUACGGGACGGUCCUGGAGCUCAGGAUCAACAGCGGAGGGAAGCUUCCAAACUUUGGCUUUGUGGUGUUUGACGACUCUGAGCCCGUCCAGAAGAUUCUCAGUAACAGGCCCAUCAAGUUCCGAGGCGACGUACGCCUGAAUGUGGAGGAGAAGAAAACCCGGUCAGCCAGAGAGGGCGACAGGCGGGACGCCAGGCCUCGGGGCCCCGGCGGCCCCGGCGGGCCCAGAGAGCGGGUUGGGGGCAGCGGGGGACCCCGGGGCCCCUCUGCCCGCGGAGGCACGUCACAGAAACCCAGCUUUGGCUCCGGACGGGGCGCCGGACCCAGCGAGGGACGCUACCCUGCCCCCCGCCAGUGAGGCUCCCGGCCUCUGAACCUGAGUUCAUUACUGUCAUUUACCUGAGCAGGUGUGUGCCUGCCGCAGCAGGAGCUGAUUGGACACGGCCAAAUUCUCUGCUCCGCUCCUGGGAAGGAAAAGCGAGGAACUCUGUGCGGUCGUGGUUCCUCGUCAUUUCCCUCCUGGUGCAUGAGCGUCAAAACAGGUUUCAGUAAUAAACGCAGGUUUAGUCAAGAGCUCUGCCCGCUCCUUCCUGCUGAUUUCAGCAGCAUGUGUCUCUCCUGAAGAUGGCUGCCUCUUCCUCCUCCCCGGAUGCCCUCCACUCCAGCCUCCUCCUCCCCCUCACCUCCUGAUUUGAGGACGUCGCACUCAUUUCUCCCAUCGUCUCCUCCUCCUCUUCUUCUUUGAACUCCACCAACACGUAUUAUUUGGACUCUUGUUGUUUUUCAUGCUGAACUUGAAUUUAUUAAACAAAUCAAAACAUGCAAACACAUAAAAAAGGGUAAAUACUACUUGAAUUGGGGAUAAUGAACCCAGAGGUUAGGUGUUGUUUUUCGCGUUCUCUCCCUGUUUCUUAAAGGAACGUGUACUUUACUGCUUGGGCAAUCCUGUGUAUUGCUGCCACCAUUGUAUCUAGCGAUGGAUCUGUCUUAUUUUUUUUCUAUCAGGUCAAGAGCUGAACUAUAGUGGUUUUAUUUGAGUAAUAAUAAUGUUGGCUUGUAAUAUGUGGAUUGACAGACGUGUCUGAAUGGAGCAUGUUUCCAAACCCGUUGUUAGGCUUCUACCGAUGCACUUCAUUUGUCAUGUUUAAAGCGAGCUCACCGGCCAACGAGAGAACUAAAUUAAAGUGAGUUACUGUUUUGAA